AUGGUGGGUUUUCUCGCGAUUCCAACCGCACAUACGUCCACUUCCGCCUCCCUCGUAUCGUUGAGCAGUACGAAGACUACUGUCGGGACAAACUUCCUAAUGAUGCGAGUAGAGGUAUACGUUCCACCAGAGCACCAGCCCAUUAAUCCAGAGGAUGAAGAUGACGUAAUUCCCGACCAACAUGCUGCAUUUGGUAUCGCCAGAGCUCAACAGAAGGAACGGGAGCCGUUGUGGAAGGAUCUCAAUCUUGCAGACCUCUUACAUCGUGCACCAACUGAAGGAGAUGUCCCUCGAAUUCGAUCCAAAUUCCCGAGGUGA